UCUGAAGAAAAUCAUGUAGGGCUCUGUUGCACCAUGACUGUUUUACGUGCUGUAUCCACGAUUUCAUUGCCUCAAUAAUGUGAUUUCUAACCUCCGAUUUCUUCGCUGGAUGCAAUGAAACUCUCUAGAACCUGUGCCGGUCCUCCUGUUUCGUCUUCAUUUUUCUUUAGAGUUGACAGAAACAAGACUUUGUGGAGCAAAGAAGGGUUGCAUUGGAGAAAUGCUUGCGCAGGCUAUGUUCACACUCUGCUCUCAAGAACAAUGAUGAGUUGAAAGUGUUUCUUCAGGUGCAAGGGAAUUUGCCGCUACCAAUGAGCACUGAUGUGGCCUCUAGGAUGUUGGAUAUUGUGGCUGUUUGGUGACAGCGGAGCCUCCGCCGGUCUAGUGCAUGAGGUGAUUCAACCUGCAAGAGGAGGUAGGGAUUCAAGGAGCUGAGGCAGUCAGUUUUUUUAAUGACUGGGAUGAAUCAAAACCACCCGUUGUUGAAGAAGAUGAAGAAUUUUUGGAAAAGAAGGAGAAGAUGCAUAAUCUUGAGCUUUAAAUUAUCAAUGCCUCAACGGGUAAGAAUCCCUUGUGAAGGCACAUCAAGACAUGGGGGAAACCAUGGGUGAACUGGGAUUAGCAUUAUUAUGCAGCACAUUACCAUUAGAAGGAAAGUAAGUAAGUAAACGUGGAACGAUCAUGGAAAGAAAGGAGAAAACAAGUCUACUUGAUAGGAUCUUUUCUUGGUCUAUCAAAGAUAUUCUAAACAAAGAUCUCCACAAGCAAAAGGUAAAGACUAUACCAGACAAGUUUAGUUCCGUUCAUGAGUACUUUAAGUGUUUUGUUCCUCAUCUACUUGAGGAAACACGAACCGAGUUGUUCUCAAGCUUCAAAUCGUUGUCGAAAGCUCCUCUGUUUGAAAUAAGUUCCUUGUUGGAGACAAGGAAAAAGGAAUCAAGUAGAAGUUCAUUAAACAAGUUGUUCUAUGACAUAACAAUUAAGGAUGCAGUGAGCAAUAGUGGAAAGUAUCAGCCAAAAUGUGGAGAUCUUAUUGCUCUGACAAAGGAAAGGCCUAGACGAAUCGAUGACUUGAAUCCUUUACUUCUUGCCUCUAUUUCUGUUGAUAAUUAUCCAAAUAUCUCUGUCAUUUUGUCAAGAUUAAUAUCCCCUGAUGAGAAAAGUUCACUCGGUUUCGGUGUUUCUCUCAUGAAUCCAACUACAAACAAUCGUAUAUGGAAUGCUUUGCACCAUGAAGCUCCCAACUUUGAUAUCAUCCAGAGUGUUCUUCAGCCAACUUCUUUGGGUAUGGAGCAAACUGUUUCUUCUAGAACGUGGGGACAAAAUGUUUUGGAUAUAAUCUGUUCAGCGAAAUUGAACUCUUCACAAGAGGCUGCAAUAUUGAGCUGCCUUGAGACAAAUCACAAGAAGAGUGUGAAUCUAAUAUGGGGACCUCCUGGUACAGGUAAAACAAAGACGGUUGCUACUCUUCUCCUUGUACUUCUCAAUCUAAGGUGGAAAACAGUUGUGUGUGCUCCAACAAACACAGCUAUUGUAGAAGUAACAUCGAGGCUAUUGGCUUUAUCGAAGAAAUCUUCAGAACACGCAACAUAUGGGUUGGGGAAUAUUGUUUUAGCUGGAAGCCACAAAAGAUUGGGUAUUAAUAAUAAUGAUCAUCUCCGCAUAGUCUUUCUUGAUCAUCGCAUCAGUAAACUUCGUAAACUGUUUUCACCAUCUUUUGGGUGGAAGCAGCGUUUGAAGUCAAUCAUUGGUUUUCUUGAGAACACGGAAUCUAAGUACGACAAAUAUGUCCGUACAUUAAAGGAUGUUGGAGGGAAGAAGAAAAAAGCUGAAGAGAUGAAGAAGAAGAAUCAACAAGUUGUAAACAUUCCAACAUUUGUAGAGUUUGUAAAGAAGAACUUCAAUGGACUAAGUGAAAAGAUGGAGACAAAUAUGGUUGAUUUGUACACACAUAUUCCCAAUUCUUUCAUUUCAUCUGAAGAUGUGGAGAAAAUGAUCGCAGCCCGUCAAGCUCUUCAGCGUGUCAGGUAUCUCUUGCAGGAGAAUUCUUUGAGAGUUGAAUCUAAGAAAGGUAGUUUCAAAAGACUUAUCCGUGUUGAUUGCUGCCUUCAGGCUCUACUUUUGCUUCCCAAAAGUUUUGAUAAGUUUCCAAAUAUUCUGAAGAGCGACGAUAUAAGGAACUUUUGUCUGCAAAAAGCAGACAUAAUCAUCUGUACAGCAUCAGGUGCUGCAGAAAUGAAUGCAGAAAAGACAGGAAAUGUAAAAUUUGCUGUAAUUGACGAGGCGGCUCAGCUUAAAGAGUGUGACUCAGUUGCUGCACUGCAACUUCAGGGACUGCGCCACGCCAUUCUAAUAGGAGAUGAGUUUCAGUUGCCUGCAAUGGUUCACAGUAAUGAAUGCGAAAAGGCGAAGUUCGGAAGAAGCUUGUUCGAGAGGUUGGUUUUACUCGGUCACAACAAGCAUUUGCUUGAUAUUCAAUACCGAAUGCAUCCUUCUAUUAGUCGUUUCCCCAAUAAGGAGUUCUAUGGUGGGAGAAUUAAAGAUGCUUCCAUUGUUCAAGAAAGCAUUCUUCAAGGAAACAUGUUUGGUUCAUUCUCUUUUAUCAAUGUUGGACGUGGAAAAGAAGAGUCAGGUGAUGGACAUAGUCCCAAAAACAUGACUGAAGUUGCUGUGAUUUCUGAAAUUAUAUCCAGUCUUUUCAAAGUUUCAAGUGAAAGAAAGAUAAAGAUGAGUGUUGGAUUAAUUACACCUUAUAAAGGACAAGUCAGAGCAAUCCAGGAGAGAAUCAGAGAUAAGUACAGUUCCUUAUCAGGUGAGCUUUUCACUUUGAAUGUUCGGUCGGUAGAUGGGUUUCAAGGUGGUGAAGAAGAUGUUAUCAUCAUCUCCACCGUUAGAAGUAACAGUAACGGGAAGAUUGGAUUUCUCAGUAACCGUCAAAGAGCCAACGUGGCACUGACUCGAGCAAGGCACUGUUUAUGGGUGAUCGGAAAUGAGACAACACUGGCUCGGAGUGGUUCGAUUUGGGCAAAACUGAGAAGGGACUCGAAGAGGCGCAAAUGCUUCUAUGAUGCUAUAGAUGAUAAAGGGUUGAGAGGUGCCAUGAAUGAUGCUUUGCUCUGGACCAAAAAGAAAGGGAGAAGAUGAAUUCUAUGUCAUUCUUUAGUGAAGUCCUCUGUUUGCAUUCAUUACAAGAAAUGUGGUUAGUUUAGGAGAUCUUUCAGGUAAAGUUGGAGUUGCAGCUUGUCUUUCUGAACCUUCAUCUUUGAAGAUAUGAAUGUGAUAUUACUAGAUCCAGUGUUUGGCUUCCAUUAUGUUUGAGAAAGCAUCAUUGCAAUUUGUGAAACGAAUCACCUUUUUGGUUGAAUCUAAGUUUUUUCAGACAUCCUUCUUGCCUUUUUUGUUCAAUGUUAAUCCAUUUAUGGCAUCAAGAAUGAA